CUAAAGUAGCCAACGACGACGAUGCUCGACAGAUUCAGUUUCUGUAUAGGGCUGCAGCUGAACCACGGGAAUAAUCACACACUUGCAAUACGAAUAAGCAGGUAGAUCCAUGGUAGACACAACAAAUGCGCACAGCUGCCACGGUGAGUCAAGCCGUCUUUGUCCACCGAGUGGCCAAUCGAUAGCUCGACGCCAUGGGAAUCAGUGACCACCACGCCAUCAGUUUCUCCACCAAAGCCUCGUCAACGUCGUGCUGUGGGAGGUUCAAGUCACAGUGCGGUGCCGUACAUUUAUGGGCUAAUCAUACCUAGACGCGCGCCCGACACGCCUCCCCUGGGCAUGUCGUCAUGGUACCUAGUAGCCCAGGCGCAUAUUUCGACACCCCUUCACACAUGCAGGGUAGCGCAGCGUCUUCGGCCUCUGCCGUCUCGCGCUUCAAUCAAAUCAUCCAACUGUGACGGGUCGCGAACCAGAUUCUGUCCGCUCAAAAAGAGCGAAGAAGCCCCUUGUUAAGAGUGAUUGCGAUUACGGGAUCGCAGCAGGGAGAGAGCCAUGAGUUCCCGAUCCUCGUCCUCGACGCCGUCGGGUGAGUGCCAAAACGCCCGCUCGUCGUCGCGGCCGAGCUCCGACGACGAGAGUGACGAGAUACGCUAUCACACCGGCACAGACCCUGCCUCAAUAUCAUCAAACAAUAAGCAGGAGACGAAGCAACAAGAAUCACAACAUCAAGAGCCCAAGACCCAGAGACAAGAGAAGAAGGGCGGCGACGACGACGACGACGACCAACACCAAGAGAACCCACCCAUCACCAUACCCAAAAUCCAACCCAUCACGCCCCCUCCAUCGUCCGCCUCGCACGAGCCGCCCGCCGUGCUCGCGCGCGGCCUCGAGGGCAAGUUCGUGGACGAGUUCGGCAACGUGCUGGGCUGGGACGGGACCGUGCUGGGCCGCGCCGAGGGCGACCUGCCGUCGCUCGUCGGGCGGCCCGUCGACUCGGACGGCAGGAUACGCGACGCCGACGGCCACGUCGCGGGCUACGUGUCGGAGAACUUUGCGCGCCCGCCCGUCAAGGAGCUCGGGUGUGGGCUCACGCUCGACGCCGACGGCAACAUCCACGACCAGAGCGGUGCCGUCGUGGGCAGGAUCAAUCCCGGCGGCGGUGGCGGCGGCGGCGCUUCUACAGGCGCGGGAGCGCAGCAGAGCGGCAGCCGUCAAGCGAGUCGAGGUCAGGCAGAGGAGGAAGAGCCUCGGCAGCCGCAGCCACAGCAGCAGAAGAAGCAGAAGACACCAUCGCAACCACAAUCACAACCACCGCCACAAGCUCAUCCGACACACCACGAGACGCAGUUCAACAUCCCUUACCGCAGCGCCAGCGACCAUCCAAGCCCGAUGCCGGCCGCGCCGAGCCCAUCCGAAAUAUACUUGGACGUCAAGUCGACCCGCGACGGCAUCCAGCUGAUAAUCAAAAUACCCACGAUAUUUAAUAGAGACGAGCAGGAAUAA